AUGACAGUACCUACACAAACUGGAGUUGAGGAUGCUUACAUAUGGAGCCCUAUUCUGUCCGUUUUUAUCUUCAACAUUAUCCUUUACUUUGUUGGCUAGCUCUUAAAAGACAAUGGCAUAGUGGAUAUUACAUGGGGACUUACUUUUCUAAUUCCAAACGCUGUGAUCUGGAUUUAAAAUCAUAAUUUUAAUGAGAGAACAAUCCUUACUAAUUGCCUUCUCCUUGUAUGGGCUUUAAGAAUGGCUUUGAAUAAUGUAAUCAGGCAUUAGGGAGAGGAUUGGAGGUAUGUUUAAAUGAGGGAGGACUGGAUGAAGAAGGGCAAGUGCUUUUACUAUACUAUAUCCUACAUUGGAAUCUAUUUCAUCCAAUCUAUAUUCCAAGUAAUCAUGAACAGCAGUGCUCUCUUCAUAACAAUUUGGUCAACAGAUGAGUUCUAUCCUUUAGAUGCUGUCGGAGCAGGUCUUUGGCUUUGCGGAUUCUUAUUCGAGUUAGUAGCAGAUGUACAGUUGUAAGUAUUCAGAAAGAACCCAGCAAACAAAGGUAAACUUAUGACUUAGGGUUUGUGGAGGUACUCCAGACAUCCUAAUUACUUUGGAGAAUCAGUGUAAUGGUGGGGGAUAUUCCUUAUUGCCUGCUCAGUUGAUAAUGGUUGGAUUACAUUCUAUGCUGCUCUGAUUACCACUUUACUCUUGAGAUUCGUAUCUGGAGUGCCAAUUCUAGAGAAGAAAUACUCUCAGAGGGAAGAUUUCAAGAUAUAUAUGAAAGAAACUAACUGCUUUAUCCCCUGGUUCUAUAAAAAGAUCUAAGGGGAGCAUGAGGUGCAUUUAAAUGACAUGAAGGAUACUGAGAGACUUCAUUUCAAAGGAGAAACUAAAGUUAGUGAUGAAUAAAAAAGUAGUGUUGCAGUGAACGACUAGUGA